UGGUAGGACAAUAUGAAACUAAUAAAAAUAGAUUUGGUACAUUAUUUAGCAAAAUAAAAUGGCACAAAUGCAACUGAAAGGUGAGAAAUAGGUUUGGGAUGCCACAGCUUGACUCCAUUGCUCCCUUCCACAUCUUAGAAUCUGCCGUAAAUGGGUUCACUGCUUCCGCAGCUGAACGGAACAAAACCCUUAAGUAUCGGGAUUUGUUAGCAAACCAUUUCUUCCAGCCUGUGGCAUUUGAGACGUUUGGAGAGGCUGGGCUGGUAAUAGCGAAGUUCUUUGUCAUCGUUAGCAGCUCGCCUCACCGGGAUAUUAGGUGGAUGCCGGUGAGGGUGCUUGGCUGUUACAGUGCCUCAGCCUCGCCAUCACCCGUGAUAAUGCUACGAGCGUGUUGGCUUGCUUCAGUAAGUUUCGUUGAACCUUGUGGUGUGUGACCAGCUGGAGCAUUUAGUGUUGAAUUGAUGGGUUUUUUUUCUCUUCGCGCAUGGUUGUUUUCUUCGGUUUGGGAGUUGUAUUUUAAUGUGGUUUUGUAUUAUAUACUUGUUGUAUGUAUAAUUAUUAAAUUAUCAAAAUUUUCAAUAAACUACAUUGCCAGGAUAUUAGUUAAAUUUCCCAAUUGUAUGUGCGAGUGCUUUUAACGUUUCUUGUGAGGUACACGAUGAUUAAAUUAGUUUCAGCCGUAAAACUACGGUAUUUUCCGCUACACUAGCACGUAAAAUAAAGGAGUUCCAAGGUAAAAUCAAAAUAGGACGAAAUGGCAACAUCAGCAGAAAAGAACAGAACGAAAACGUCCGGCGAGGGAAAGAAGCGGAAGUUAUUCUCCACCAAAAAGUAAAAAUAUGUUAUGUUGUCAUAACAACUUAAUUACCCACCGCCACUAUCAUUGUCCCAGGUGUAUAAAACAACGUUGUUAUAGCAGCAGCAAAGCUGUCCUUUAUAAUGCACUGUAAAAAUUUUUUUAUUGUCACUGGUAAAACAUUAUGAAAAUAUGUCACUAGCUAAAAAGAUGUCCGCUACAAAUAUCCGACAAAACUUUUGUGAUUCAUUAAUAAAAAUCUGAUCACUUUGGAAAAGUUUGUAGGUAGUCAGUUAAACAAUGGGUAUGUUCUUCACUUUAUUCCUGAAACUCUGUAAAGAAAAGCAUCUUAAGCCAGAUUCUGAGCUUUUAGAAAGACUCCCACGAAAUGACACCUUGUUGCUUGACUUAUCUCAUAUGAGUAUCUGUGCUGACAUGUGUGGUAUCCUUGGCAAAGCUCUGUCUUUUGAUGAAACUAUCAAUGAAUUAAGAUUCUCAGACUGUAUGAUAUGUCCAGAAGGAAUGCAAGCAAUUCUUCAUGGAUUGGCCUCCAAUACUUCUGUUAGAAAGCUAAACCUAAAAGGAAAUCAAAUAAGAGGUAACACUGUUGAAAGUUUGGGAUACAUGCUUCGCAACAACAACUGUUUGACCAGUAUUUGCCUUGAAUGGAAUGACCUUGGCAUACUAGAAACACCGUUCAUUGUAUUUUGUGAUGGUCUUCAAGCUAACUGCAACCUCAGGCGACUUGAUAUCAGAAAUAACCAGGUCACCCAUCAUGGAGCCAAACAGCUGGCAGAAGCAUUAUCAUCAAACAAGACCCUUCAAGUCAUCGAUUUAAAAUGGAAUAAAGUUGGUUUAACAGGUGGGCGUGCCCUGCUUGAUCUUCUUCGUGUUAAUAAAACCUUGUUAAAAAUAGACUUAGCUGGUAACGACAUUCCUUGUGACAUUGUUUGCUCCAUUGAGUCUUCUCUUCAGUGCAAUCAGAAGCUUCAGCUUAUGAAAACCAACUGUAAACAUAAAACACAUAUUUUGUGUAAGCAGUAUCGACAUCUAGAAUCAGAAAAUAAAAAGCAGGUAUUAAAUUUGAUGGACAAAUUAUCCUGCACACAAGGAUACUUAAAUCAUGAAAAAAGGAAUUCAGGCCAUCAGUUAAUGCAACUGAAGGAAACGCUCAAAGAAAAAAAUCAAGCAUUUAAUGAACUCUUCUCUAAGUUUACUGAAACAGAUACACAGUUAACUCUUAUGAAAGAGAAGUCUUCCAGUCAAGAAGAAUGUAUAAAGAAGUUACAGGAACAACUUUCUGGCUUGAAAGCUCAAUUUCAAAAAGAAUUACAUCAAGAAAGAGAAGAAUUUCGUAACAAAGAAAAAAACCUAGUUAAAGAUUUGAGUAAAGCCAGCAGUAAAAGCAUUCAACUGGAAUGUAAGCUAUCUGAUUCUGAAACCAAAUGCCAUGCACUUCAGGAGCAGGUCUAUGAACUGAAAGAACAUAUUGCUUGUUUACAUUCAGAAAUAGAAUUAAAAGAAGCUCAAAAUAAAGAUAUGUUAGAACAAAAAAGAAAUGAAUUCAAUGAGAAAAUCAAACAGUUUGAAGGAAUUCAAAAGAAAGAGCAAUUACAACAAAAAGAAUCCUGGGAGAAUUUAGAGACCAACCUUCGAAACCAGAUCCAGAAAUCAGAGCAAAGCCGUCUAGCACUUGAGGAGGAUGUUGCUUCUCUGAAGACUGCAAAUAUUGCCUUAAGAGUUAAAGCAGAAGAAGAUAUAGCUAUUCUCAAGGCUGGCAUAAAGACUGAUAAUGAUCUACGUUAUGAGCAGCUUCAAAAUAAAAUAUUUCUCAUUGAAAGUUCCAAGGAAGACUUUAAAAAGCAAUGGGAAACUUCACAGCAACAACUGAAUGAUAUGAACAAUAAAUUAGCCAGGAAAGAAACAGAGAAGGAAGCUGAAACUGGAAAAUACAAGAUGGAAAUUAACCAGUUACACAGUAAAUUAGAUGCAGAAGCUCAAAUCCAGAGAGAACUGAAGAACAAACUGUUAGAAAUGGAACAAAAGUUAUCUGAACAUGAUAACAUUUACAAAGUAAUGAUGAAAAAACAUGAAGUGGAAUUGGCAAGCUUACAUGAACAACUACGUACAAAAGGUAGCCAAUUAAAUUGCCUUUGCGAUGAAGUAACACAGCGAGCUCAGUCUUUACAAUCAGCUGUAUCAAUCACCAGGACAUCACUUUCCUGAAACAUUUUUCACUAAUCCAUAAAAAGAAUUUACCAUAUUUUUUUCUAUUCCAUAUGUUUUUACUUGACUAACAAAAAAAAAAGAA